CUCGGUGGUGCGGCCUUCAAGGUAGGGGCCAAGAGGGCGCCGCAGGCCUGGUGACCCCGCCCGCACGGAGUGAGAGAAUCGUCGGAGAGGUCGCGAGAUUUCCACGGGCAGUGAGCUCCCCGAAACUUCCUCCCGUGUUUUUUCUUCUGGGCUCCGCCUGGAGGGAAUUUUCUUCAGGGAAUUUUCCUCAGGGAAGCGUGGGCAGGGAACCUGCUUCGGAGAAGUCGAGGAAGGAAAAAGCUGGUCCUGCAACCCGCUGUGAAAUGAGAAGAUUUCUUUUGCUUUAUGCUACCCAGCAAGGGCAGGCCAAAGCGAUAGCAGAGGAAAUAAGUGAGCAAGCAGAUACACGUGGCUUUUCGGCAGACCUUCAUUGUUUGAGCGAGUCUGACAAGUAUAACCUGAAAACAGAAACCGAUCCGGUUGUCAUCGUCGUGUCCACCACGGGCACUGGAGACCCUCCUGACACAGCGGUAAAGUUUGUGAAGAGAAUCCAGGACAAGACCCUGCCAGCUGACUAUUUUGCUCAUCUGCGGUAUGGAUUACUGGGUUUGGGAGAUUCCGAGUACACCUACUUUUGUAAUGGUGGCAAAGUAAUUGAUAAACGACUUCAAGAACUCGGUGCCCGGCAUUUUUAUAACACUGGACACGCAGAUGAUUGUGUUGGGUUGGAACUUGUAGUGGGACCGUGGAUUGACGGGCUUUGGACUGCCCUGCAAGAACAGUUUACGUUACGGAAAGAAGACAACAUGAGCGGAGCCGGCAGGACAGCAUCUGCUGAUGUUUCCUCAAGAACAGAUCAAGGGAAACGGGCCGCACUAGGCAUUGAUUCACAAAUUGAGCUUUUGAGACUGGAUGAUUCGGGGGUAAAAUGUUCCCCUACUUCAACACAAAACGCACUUAACGUUCAUUCAGGAACGCUCAUCGAAAACUUUGAAUCUUCACUGAUUCGGUCCAUCCCACCCCUUUCGCAGGCUGCUCUGAACAUUCCUGCCCUCCCACCUGCGUAUUUAAAUGUACAGUUUCAGGAUCCUAUUGAUGAGGAAGCCCGUUCACCCUGUGAGCCUUCAGUGGAUACGAUUUUUCAGGUUCCAGUUUCAAGGGCAAUUCCACUCACUAGAGAAGAUGCUCUGAAAACAACUUUGUUUCUGGAGCUGGACAUUUCCAAAACAUCAUUUUCCCACCAACCUGGGGAUUCCUUUAAUGUAAUUUGCCCUAAUAGCGAGGAUGAGGUUCAAGACCUACUUCAGAGCCUUCAGCUUUUGGAGAAGAGAGAUUUCUGUGUUCUCGUGAAGAUUAAAGACGACACUAAAAAGAAAGGAGCAUCUGUACCUCAGUAUAUACCUGAAAGGUGUUCCCUCCAGUUCAUCCUUACUUGGUGCCUUGAAGUCAGAGCUGUUCCUAAAAAGGCAUUUUUGCGAGCCCUUGUAGAGCAUACCAGUGAUGCCGCAGAAAAGCGAAGGUUGCAAGAACUAUGUAGCAAACAAGGAGCGGCUGAUUAUAACCGUUUCAUAAGAGACUCUUGUGUCUGCCUGUUGGACUUACUCCAGGCUUUUCCAACUUGCAGACCGCCCCUCAGCCUGCUCAUAGAACAUCUUCCUAAGCUCCAGGCCCGACCGUAUUCGUGUGCAAGUUCCAGUUUGUUUCAUCCGGGAAAGUUGCAUUUUGCAUUUAACAUCGUGGAGUUUCCACUUUGCCCAGCCCAAAAAGGAGUGUGUACGGGAUGGCUGGCCAAACUCAUCGCCCCCAUACUUCAGCCCGACGGAAGUGCCCGGCAGGAUGGGGAUGAGCAAAGCAUGGCUCCAAAGAUCUCCAUAUUUUCACGAACAACAAAUUCCUUCCACCUACCCAGUGAUACUUCAGUCCCUGUUAUCAUGGUGGGUCCAGGAACUGGAGUGGCACCCUUUAUUGGUUUUCUCCAACAUAGACAGAAACUCCAAGAGCAACGUCCAGACGGGAACUUUGGAGAAAUGUGGCUGUUUUUUGGCUGCAGACAUCAGGAUAGGGACUAUCUGUUCAGAGAUGAGCUCGACCGUUUCCUUCAGAAUGGCACUUUGACUCAUUUGAAAGUCUCCUUUUCAAGAGAGGUUCCUGUUGGGGUGGAAGUUGCCUCGCCAAAAUAUGUGCAAGACAAUCUUCGCCUCUGUGCUCAGGAGGUGGCAAGAAUCCUGCUCAAAGAAAAGGGUUAUUUCUACGUGUGUGGUGAUGCAAAGAACAUGGCAAAAGAUGUCAAUGAUGUUCUAAUAGAGAUUUUAAGCGAUGAAGCGGAAGUUGAAAAAUUAGAAGCAAUGAAAAUAUUGGCCACUUUACGGGAAGAGAAACGCUACCUACAAGAUAUCUGGUCUUGAAGCCUGGAUUCCGCACUCAGGAAGGAAAGGAAGACUGUCUCGCCGAUUCAGCCCUGGUUACCUCAAGAAGACCACCACACUGCCACCGUAGCUUGUGAUUAGUCCUUAGUUUACAUUAUUUUAUUUGCUUGGGGGAACUUUCUAGAACAGAUGUGGAAAAUUCCCCUGGGUGUUCUCAUCAUUGUAAUUUUUGAAUAUCACUUUUAAAACAUUUUAAAUAUUGAAAUAUGAAUUGAGGGGGGGGGCGUUUGCUGAAACGAGUAGGGUUAGUAUGGGCAUCUCAGUGGUCCGAUCUCUUUCCUCUGAAUGGAGGAUCCCAGAUGGAAAUGGCCAUGGAGCUAGAUCCGAACAUUACGCUGCUAUGUGUGCCACCCACCCUCCGAUCCCCUCGCCUGGGACUGCUGGCCCGCUCGUUUUCAAAUUGUUGGCUCAAACACACAUUUAAAGUAUAUAUUGCCACAUUUUAUCCGGGUGCGUACGAAAGAUUAACUUAUUGCCAGAAUAAAGGAUUUUGAAAUCGUUA